AACGCUUUCUGAGAAGAAGACGACGCUCCUGACUAGAAGUUGAAAGUCUAUUUCAAAACCUAAAUCUGACGUUAUCAAAAUGCUUCCUUUGUCUCUGCUGAAGACUGCCCAGAACCAUCCAAUGUUGGUGGAGCUGAAGAAUGGCGAGACAUACAACGGCCACCUGGUUAGCUGUGACAACUGGAUGAACAUAAACUUGAGAGAAGUCAUUUGCACAUCCCGGGAUGGUGACAAGUUCUGGCGGAUGCCAGAGUGCUACAUCCGAGGAAGCACCAUCAAGUAUCUGCGUAUCCCGGACGAAAUCAUAGACAUGGUGAAGGAGGAGGUGGUGUCGAAGGGUCGUGGAAGGGGAGCCCAACAGAAUAAACAGCAGGGCAAAGGAAGAGGAGGAGCAGGCAGAGGUGUGUUUGGCGGUCGAGGUAGAGGAAUGAGCGGUCCCGGCCGAGGUCAGCAGCAGACAGAUAAGAAACCUGGCAAACCACAGGGGAUGAAGAACCAGCACUGACCUACUGUUUCAUCAACAACACACAAACAACCAUCACUUGACUAGUUAGAAGACAUUUGAGGUCUUGGAUUACAUUUUUUGUUGUUUUGCCUCCACUGCUAAAAUAUUGUUUUAACUUUUUUUUUUUUUUUUUUUUUUUUUUUAAUUUCAACUUUUAGCCAUUCUCAGUAUAUCACUCCCACCUGGGAGAAUGUUUAUUAAAACUGUUGCGGCAACAUGUUUAGUUUUUUCCAGCGCAUGACAGUUUUUGUCUUGUAGUGCACUGGAUAAGCUUUUUGGUUUCUGGUGGUUUUACGUUAUCAGCUUGUCUCUUGGGAGUUUUGCAGCACAAAGCUGUAAUUUAAGGCCGCAUGAAUAUCUUUUUGUUUUACCCUGUGAUUUGGCUCGAGUUUCUCUCCAUUAUGCUCAUGAAUUGUGUGUGACAUCAGGUGGAGCAAUCACCUGGCUGUCCCUGAUCAUCAACACUUUAGGCAUGUAGGCAAAACAGAUUUUUCACAGAAAAUUUUGAAAUGUUCAGUUAAGUCCAUAAUGUCAUGAUUGUUUUUUGUCAUUACAAAAUAUGGUAAUUUAUGUAAGCAAAAACAUGGAAAUAAAGCUUUUGUUUAAAGUGAUACAUAAUCUCUAUUUGAUCAACCCAGUUGUCAUUAGAUAGGCAAAAGUAUUUGGACCAACAAUGUCUGUUGCAUCUAUGGGAAAUGUAAUCCAUGCUACUUAUAGUAUUGUAUGAACGCUAUAUAACACGAAGUUAUUGUGUUACUGCUUGUCAUUCCUAUACUGUGCACAAGAUGUCACUAAGUUCCUCUUCCCCAUCCAUUUCGUUCACUGUGAUAUUUGCUAAUUUCCCAGUGCGGACUUCAUAAUCGUUGCUGCCCCUUCGCUUUCCUUUUUCCUUGAAAUGUCCAUUAUUUAUUUUUAUUAUACUUUACAGCAAGACAAACAGCACUUUCCUUGUUACAUAAUCACAUUAAAUAC